UGCAUAUAUUCUAAUGGGAAUUUUUUUCUGUGUUUUUAUUUCACACAUGAUUUGGCAAUGUUAACACUGGUAGGAUCUUGGCAUAAAAAGUCUACCAAAAUGAUCCUUCCUUUUAAUUUGCGGAUCAGGGCAGGACAUAAUUUGGGCAAGAACAGAAGUAAGUGUAAGCAAUGGUACAAAAAAGUUUCAUUUAAUGGGGAGGGCAGAGAGGUGGGACAUUUUAGAGUUAGGUAUGUCAUUUGUCAGUUGGUUUAAAGUACAGAUAAAUUGACUUAAGUACUAAAGAUAUUCUGUUAAUAUAAUCAUAAGUAAUAGUUUAAAUUAUAAAACUGUAUAAUACUAUAAUUUAUAAUAAUAAAAAGAUUAUAUUAAAUCACUUACAAUACAAAUAUAAUUAAAAAGAAUGCACUAUAUAUUUUGAAACAUCAUUUUAAUAUAAUUACACGAUUUUAUCGUAAUAUAACCUUAAUUAAUCCAUUGGUGUUAUAUAAAUAUAGAAUUGUAGGAAAUGUGUCAUUUUAUCAUAGAUUCUGUAGCGUACAUGUGUAGUUUUAGUGCCACACUUACAAUGGCUGUAGUGCUGACAGUCAUAUACAGUGAGCUAUGUACAAAUAAUAUACAGUUCAUAGUAAUUUCCAAUGCUCAUCUGAUAAUGUGACUGUGCACUGUAUAUAUAAUAUUGUAUCAAAUUGCAUAUUCAAAAGAUGUGGAUGUGAACGGUGUUAACAGGAGGCACACAAGUUUAAAAGGGUGUUCUUGCUUAAGUAAACAGAAUAAUAAUUGUUUCAUAUGAACUUCAACUAUGAAGGUACCUGUUGCAACAUGUAAAGCAGCUCACCUGUCACAUACAGUAUUAACUCUGCUUCCACCUGGUGGUCUUACAUGAAUACACACUGUCUCACUGCUGCCGCAGUAACUUCAUGUGGAACCACAUGAUCACCAACACGUUUUAGCAGUGACUUUAACCCGACAGGUGAUCCGUACAUGCCAGAAUUAAAUGCAACAUGCUAAUAAGCUGUAUAUUCAGCAUAAAAACCUGUACACGGACCUUCACAGCUCUCCUCUCCACCUCAGUCUCACUCAUGAAGAGAACAACGUACAGUGUACAGGUGACGUAAUGUAAUGUAUUUCCUGUAAUUUGAGGAGCCACUUAAGCAGUGAGGAUGGUUUUUGGAGGAGGAGGAGAAGGAUAGAAAGAUUGUCAUAACUGUGAGGUCUUUGUUUGGAAGAAUGCAGUGGAGGAGGAAGAGUGUCCCGAAAUAACUCCUGAUUUAAUCUGAGUACCUAAGAAAUUUACUGCUAUUGCUGAAACUCCUGUGUAGCCGGUGAAUCAUCUAUACUGAGCACCCUUCUGCUCACCUGAAGCUUGGACUGCAGCAUGCAACAACCAGGCCGGCUGAGGCUGAGGCCGUGGCUGGAGGAGCAGAUUCAGUCUGGGAGGUAUCCAGGAGUCAGCUGGCUGGACCAGUCAGCACGAGUCUUCCAAAUCCCUUGGAAACAUGCUGCUCGUCAUGGCUGGAGUAUCGACCGAGAUGCUACACUCUUCAGGAGUUGGGCCAUGCACACAGGACGGUACCGUCCAGGCAAAGACAAGCCAGAUCCCAAGACAUGGAAGGCGAAUUUCCGCUGUGCUUUGAAUUCUCUGCCUGACAUCUGUGAGCUGCAGGAGCACAGCAGGAAGAGAGGCAGCAAUGCCUACAGAGUCUACAGGAUGCUGCCCAGUACACAAACACACAGACGCAGGAGAGGGCUGCGGUUGUUCAGCAGGCCCAGAGAAAGACAGGCGAGCUUAGGUGAUGAUACAUACACAACGCACACUUGGCAACCUACCACAACAAGACCCAUUUCAGACACACCACAGAAGGUGGAGAACCCUGCAGAAGACACAUUUAGCAACAUUCAAACACACGGGAUGUGGGAGGCCAAACCAGAGGACCAGGAGCAGAAUGAGGCCGUGUUUAAGUUGAUGGACCACUUAAGCAGCACUGACCUCUGGAACCAGACUGGGGAGCAGAGAGGAUGGAGAACACACACACUGUGGGACCAUUGGCACUGUGCUGGUGAUGAAAACCCAUACUCUUUGCACACAGAGAACUACAGCGAUCUGUUUGAAGCAAACUACAUCAAGGAGCUCUCUGAUUGGUCCACACAUCAGCCAACACUGAUGCCAUAGCUGUGCCCCAACGGCUCAUCCUCCUCCUCUUUGCGUUUACCACAUACUUGAUUAAAAGCAGUUUUUUCCUCCAGCCUUUCUUGCUAACCUUCAGCUGUUUUCCUCCUGCUGUCUAUCUGCUGAGCUGACCACUGAAAAACAGAAACAAGAGAAGAGGAGCGGAUAGAGAAUAUUGCUCUGUCAGUCAAUCACGCGGUCAUCCUCUCUGCUGAGCAUGCUGAGAUGAAGAUCCUGUUCCAAGCCAAGCUUUAACUCCGCGACCAUCACUUGGGUUCACUAUGGUUCAGUGCUUCAAACUCAGUGAAAUGACACCAAGCUCACACCACAGCUUACAGAGUAAACAGAUCUCAUUUCGCUUCAGUGCAGGAUCACUUAUAGCUCUAGUGUGUCUUUGAGUUUUACUGGAUGUUUAGCCAACAUACAGUAAAUGAAGUGCAGGACAUGUGGCUGUAACAGUUUGUAGAUUUGUGAAUGAAGUUCAAAACUCCCAUGCUUUGCCAUCAUACACAGUAAGCUGACUUUAGUUGCAAUAUAUAUAUAUAUAUAUAUUUGGCAAUAUAUAUGCAUUUCAUUCCUGUACCUUUAUGCCUUUGGUUGUACCAAUUUUUAAGAUUUCUCAAAGAGAUACUCAUGACAAUUGUAUAUUAUACAUUUUUUUGAGGCAUCAUAUGGUGCAAUUUGUUGUGUGAUAUUGAACAACCUAUUUUGUGUUUGUUUUGUAUUUUCAAAUAAUCCUGAAUUUACUAAAUGUAAAAGCAGCUAAAGCACAUUACUUUAUAUUGUCAGGAGUCUUUACAUCCUGUGUAUAUGCGUUUGUUUGGUGUGUUUGCUUGACAUGUUAUUUUUGCCAAGAAAUGCUGCCCAAUUAAUAAUUACUGAGUUCCAAUCUGUCAGUUGUUGUUUUUUUUGUUCUCAGAUUUAUUGCAUGUGUAUCUGCAUCCUGUAAAAACAUUAUUGUAACUGACUGCACAGCUCUGGGACAUGGAGUGUUACGAGAUGAGAUUGUCUUGUGUGUUUGGCUGUGUGUAUCACUUCAAUAAAGUCUAUAACCUGCAGAGGAAUAAAUUAUA